AAACUGGUUGAGAACAUCGCCGUAAAUUGACGAGUUAAAAGUUCGUAUUGAAGGCCAAUGAAUUAGUAUACUGUAGGGGUAACGUUAGUACACCGUACUGUAAAUGUGCGGUAUUUUUACAUCAACUUUUACCUUGUAAAUGAAUUUAAAGUGCUUUGGGAGAAUGAUUUGGGUCGUGUUUAGGGUGUUAAACUCUAGAAAUAAGCGUUUUUAGUGGCUCGUACCAAACAUUCACGAUUCCUCCUGAUCCGAGACGGGUUCUGGAACCUAAAUUAGCGAAUUUUGUUCGAGUGUCUCAGCAGAGUCUCAGUUAUAAACAUGUCUCAGGUGUUCGGAAGGUUCUCCAGCUUCUAUCGUUUAUCGACACGGAUGUUCUGCACUCAGAUGACUUCUCCAUUAAUAAAUCGGGAGCAAGAGGACGGGAUAAGGAGACUCAUUUUGAAUAACCCCAAGAAGAGGAAUGCUCUGUCUCUCGCCAUGUUAACCUCUCUACAAGAGAACAUCCUGACUGGUAUAGACGACAAGGACCUAAGAGUCAUUAUCAUAUCAGCGCAGGGUCCAGUGUUCUCCUCUGGGCAUGAUCUGAAGGAGCUGACCUCGGAACAAGGCAGAGAUUAUCAUACAAGAGUGUUCAGGGUUUGCACAGAGGUCAUGACCCUGAUUCAGGACCUUCCAGUUCCCGUGAUCGCGAUGGUUAAUGGCAUUGCCACAGCAGCAGGAUGCCAGCUAGUUGCCAGUUGUGAUAUUGCUGUAGCGACGGACAAAUCGAGCUUUGCAACUCCUGGUGUGAAUGUCGGCCUCUUCUGCUCUACUCCAGGAGUGGCUAUUGGAAGAGCUGUUCCUAGAAAGGUUGCAAUGGAGAUGUUGUUUACAGGCCGGCCUAUCACUGCACAGGAGGCUUUGCUACAUGGAUUAGUCAGUAAGGUGGUGCGUGAGGAAUGUUUGGAGGAAGAAACGCUGGCAAUCGCACGCAGAAUCUGCGAGUCUAGUCGCCCAGUGGUGGCUCUCGGAAAAGCAGCCUUUCAGAGGCAGAUGGCGCAAAGCCGAGAUGCUGCGUAUGUCACCGCCACAGCUGUCAUGGUGGACAAUCUGGCGCUGCAUGAUGGGCAGGAAGGAAUUAGGGCUUUUAUAGAAAAACGCCAACCUCUGUGGACCAACAGCACUGAGAAAGCACAUGACUAACUCAACUAACAAACCACACAAAUGACUGUGUAGAAAAAGCAUCAUUUCAGCAUUAGAAUGUAUUUGAGAUUGAACAGGGUGUAUUCAUAAACAAAGAGCCAGACUCUGUAUUGUGUGAUGACAGAUUUCGGAUUUCACUUUAAGAUCCUAUUAGGAUCUUAACUGUAAUAAAAGCAGACAAAAAAAAUAGUCUUACUCUCUA